AUGGCCGAUAACUUCACCAUCGAGGCCUUUACCCUCCUAAGCUUAGCUGUGGUAGUCAUAGGGGUACGCACGGGCGCCCGUUUGUCUAUGGUGGGCAUCCGCAACUUUCAGGCUGAUGACUAUCUUAUGCCGUUGGCGGCCGUGGUCUAUGGCCUCGAAACCGGUGCUGCAUAUUGUGUCGGGGCGAAAUGGAAAGGCCUCGCAAAUAACGCCAUGACGGACGCCCAACGGGCUGCCCUCAGCCCGGAUUCAGAGGAGUUCUUUUUGCGUGUUGGGGGCUCGAAAACGCAGGUGAUGGGCUGGUCCUUGUAUACGCUGUUGUUAUGGUUGCUCAAGGCCUGUAUGGCGGUGUUUUAUUCGCGUCUAACUUCUGGGUUAAUGAACAUGCAACUCCGUGUACGCUUGGCCUAUGUUUUCAUUGGUGUCACCUAUAUUGCCGUUAUCUGUUCGAUUCUCUUUGGAUGCCAUCCUAUGCAUAAGAACUGGCAAAUAUAUCCCGACCCAGGCAUCUAUUGCCAGCCGGCCGUCUCUCCAAUCGACGUCUACAUGACUGUCACUCUCAAUGUUGCCACGGAUCUAUACCUCAUUACCAUUCCUGCUCCGAUGCUCUUCAAAGCCCGUCUCCCCUGGUGGGAAAAGUGUGAACUCCUCAUCCUCUUCAGCGGUGGUUUCUUCGUUAUGGCGGCUGGUAUUCUGCGCUGUGUUUUGAUUGUAACUGCCGGUGCCAAUGGCGCCCAACAAGCCGGUAGCUGGGCCUGCCGAGAAACCUUCGUCGCCGUCGUCAUCGGAAACGUCCCCAUGAUCUACCCCGUCAUCCGCCGCGUUGCUCGCCGUGCUAACGGUUACAUUUCGUCCCUUGGCGGCGGAACCUCCGAUAACCUCUCCUACCCCAUGACCGGUGACCGAUACAACACCGACAAGUCGAACCAGAGCCGUCGCAAGAAGUUCCGGCACCCGCUCUCCCUCCCUGGUGAAAGCCAGUGGAUUAAUACCAUGAACAAUGAUGAGCAGAUGAUCCUGCCUACCUCCAGACAGCAUCCGCCUACUUGCGAGUCCAAUAUGCAUGACCAGAAUUGGGAUGCGGCGAGUCAGCACAGCCAGGAUGGGAUCAAGGUGGUCCAUGAGACAAUCGUUCAGAGUAAGACGAGAAAUAUGGUGUGA